AUGAAAGCCACUUCCACGAAUAUAAUUAUGAUUGGUAUAUCAAUUAGUGAUAUCCUGAUUAUGUUGUCUACAGUAUACAAAAAUUACGGAAUGGUGGAUCGAGAGAACUCGGAUUGUAUGACUUCUGAUUUUCGAUUCAAAAUUUAUAUGGAUAUUUUUGUUUGGGGAAUUAACACCUCCUUUCGAAGAUGUGGAUGCUGGUUGGGGGUUCUUAUGGCGACAGUGAGAUAUUUAAUUGUGAAAAAGGUCACUGUAAGCAGGUACGGUAACUGGUCGCAAGCCAGCGUUGGAUGGAUUAUGAUACUUGUUGUUUUUGUAGUCUCCGGACUACAAACUACCUUCUACCAAUCUAGAUGGAUUGUUGUGGAAAAUCGAUCCGUGCCACUGCCACUUAUCUGCGCAGACUUUCAGAACAUCUACAGUAGCCCACAAUUUUCUGUGAUGCUCUCUCCAUUUUUCACAUCUGAUGAACAGAUUGUGAUGAAAUCAUAUCUGAUGGUAGAUGCGAUAUUGACAAAGUUCCUUCCAUGCAUCGCCUUCUCUGUCCUCACAAUUCUUUUGGUCCGAUUUCUUCAAAAAUUGAAACCUUCUAUAAAUAACACUGGAAGAAAAAAUCAGGAAUCAACUGAAGAAAGAAAGGACUUGACUACAAAAUUGAUCGUUUUUCUAUCUUUUACAUUCUUUCUAACUGAAGCUCCGCUCGGAGUUAUUUAUUUGGUGAAAGUGUUUUACAGGAGAAACGAUCCAAUCAGCAUUCUCUCAACAGACUUUGUAAUCUAUUUCACACUUCUGGUGACAGUUAAUUCAAUUUUACAUCCGAUUUUUUGUGUUUUCAUGUCCAGUCAGUACAGGAAUACAAUUCGAACAAUGUGUGGAGUCACCAAAAAAGCCAAAACGGCAGUGAAAAAUAAGACAAGUGCUGUUUCAGUUCAAGGAAUUCAAAUGACAUGA